AUGGCCCUGGAGCCUGCUGUCUACCUCAUUCUGUUCCUGCGCCUGCAGGCUCUGACUGUCCAGGCUGCUGACACCUGUCCAGAGGUGAAGGUGGUGGGUCUGGAGGGCUCUGACAAGCUCAGCAUUCUCCGAGGCUGCCCAGGGUUGCCCGGAGCUCCUGGACCCAAGGGAGAAGCAGGUGCCAAUGGAGAGCGAGGAGCUCAAGGUCCACCUGGCGUUCCUGGGAAGGCAGGGCCCAAAGGAGAAGCAGGAGAGAGGGGCCUGCGUGGAGAGAAAGGAGAACCUGGGAAUCCAGAGACCUGCAAUGCAGGGCCUCAGACCUGCAAGGACCUUCUCACCCAAGGGCAUACUCUGAGUGGCUGGUACACCAUCUUCCUCCCUGACUGCCGGCGCCUGAAUGUGCUGUGUGACAUGGAUACAGAUAGUGGGGGCUGGACUGUUUUUCAGCGCAGGAUUGAUGGAUCCAUGGACUUCUUUCGGGACUGGGCUGCAUACAAACGGGGUUUUGGCAGUCAGCUGGGAGAGUUCUGGCUGGGGAAUGACAACAUCCAAGCCCUGACUGCCCAGGGGACUAGUGAGCUCCGUGUGGACCUGGUGGACUUCGAAGGCAACCACCAAUUUGCCAAAUACAGGUCAUUCAAGAUGGCAGUCGAGACAGAGAAAUAUAGGCUGAUCCUGGGAGACUUUGUAGGGGGUAGUGCAGGUGAUUCUCUGACAUCCCACAACAACCACUUCUUUUCCACCAAAGACCAGGAUAAUGAUGUGUAUAGUUCAAACUGUGCUACACAGUACCAAGGGGCCUGGUGGUACACCAGCUGUCAUGAGUCGAACUUGAAUGGUCAUUACCUCGGGGGACCCCAUGAGAGCUAUGCCAAUGGCAUCAACUGGAAGUCAGGGAAAGGGUACAACUACAGCUACAAGACUUCUGAGAUGAAGCUGAGGCCCACCUAG